AUGGGGCAGCAGGUGGGCCGCGUCGGGGAGGCUCCGGGGCUCCAGCAGACGCAGCCCCGCGGGAGCCGGGGCAGCAGCGCCGCCAGGCCGUCCGGCCGCAGGCGGGACCCGGCGGGGCGCACCGCCGCGGAGGCCGGCUUCAAUAUCUUCACCCAGCAUGAUCACUUUGCCAGCUGUGUGGAGGAUGGAUUUGAGGGAGACAAGACUGGAGGCAGUAGUCCAGAAGCCUUGCACCGCCCCUAUGGCUGUGAUGUUGAACCCCAAGCACUGAACGAGGCCAUCAGGUGGAGCUCCAAGGAGAACUUGCUGGGAGCCACUGAGAGUGAUCCUAAUCUCUUCGUUGCACUUUAUGAUUUUGUAGCAAGUGGUGAUAACACCCUGAGCAUCACCAAAGGUGAAAAGCUUCGAGUCCUUGGUUACAAUCAGAAUGGUGAGUGGAGUGAAGUUCGCUCUAAGAAUGGCCAAGGUUGGGUGCCAAGCAACUACAUCACCCCAGUAAACAGUCUGGAAAAACAUUCCUGGUACCACGGACCUGUGUCCCGCAGUGCAGCUGAGUAUCUGCUCAGCAGUUUAAUCAAUGGCAGUUUCCUGGUGCGAGAAAGUGAGAGCAGCCCCGGGCAGCUGUCCAUUUCGCUCAGGUACGAGGGGCGUGUGUAUCACUACAGGAUCAAUACCACCACAGAUGGCAAGGUAUACGUGACCGCCGAGAGCCGCUUCAGCACCUUGGCAGAGCUUGUCCACCAUCACUCCACAGUGGCUGAUGGGCUGGUGACCACAUUGCACUACCCCGCACCCAAGUGUAACAAGCCUACAGUUUACGGUGUGUCCCCCAUCCAUGACAAAUGGGAAAUGGAACGGACAGAUAUUACCAUGAAGCACAAGCUUGGGGGUGGUCAGUAUGGAGAGGUUUACGUUGGCGUCUGGAAGAAAUACAGCCUGACGGUUGCUGUGAAAACAUUGAAGGAAGAUACCAUGGAGGUGGAGGAGUUCCUGAAAGAAGCUGCAGUGAUGAAGGAAAUCAAGCAUCCUAAUCUGGUACAGCUAUUAGGUGUGUGUACUUUGGAGCCACCAUUUUACAUUGUGACGGAAUACAUGCCAUAUGGGAACCUCCUUGAUUACCUCCGAGAAUGCAACCGAGAAGAGGUAACUGCAGUUGUACUGCUUUACAUGGCCACGCAGAUCUCUUCUGCAAUGGAGUAUUUAGAGAAGAAGAAUUUCAUCCAUAGAGAUCUUGCAGCCCGGAACUGCCUAGUGGGAGAAAACCAUGUGGUAAAAGUGGCUGACUUCGGCUUAAGUAGAUUGAUGACUGGAGAUACCUACACUGCUCAUGCUGGAGCCAAGUUUCCUAUUAAGUGGACAGCACCAGAGAGUCUUGCCUACAAUACCUUCUCAAUUAAAUCUGAUGUCUGGGCUUUUGGGGUGCUGCUGUGGGAGAUUGCUACCUACGGAAUGUCACCAUAUCCUGGCAUUGACCUGUCUCAGGUCUAUGAUCUGCUAGAAAAGGGCUAUCGAAUGGAACAGCCUGAAGGAUGCCCCCCUAAGGUUUAUGAACUUAUGAGAGCAUGCUGGAAGUGGAGCCCUGCUGACAGGCCCUCUUUUGCUGAAACACAUCAAGCUUUUGAAACCAUGUUCCAUGACUCCAGCAUUUCCGAAGAGGUAGCUGAGGAGCUUGGGAGGGCCGCCGCCGCCUCAUCUGUUGUCCCCUACCUGCCCCGAUUACCUAUACUUCCCUCCAAGACGCGGACGCUGAAGAAGCAGGUGGAGAACAAGGAGAAUAUCGAAGGGUCCCUGGAAGCCACCGACAAUUCUGCUUCCAGUUCAGCACCAGGGUUCAUUAGAAGUGCACAGGUCCCCAGUGGGUCCCCAGCACUGCCUCGAAAACAAAGAGACAAGUCACCCAGCAGCCUUUUGGAAGAUGCUAAAGAGACGUGCUUCACCAGGGAUAGGAAGGGAGGCUUCUUCAGCUCCUUCAUGAAAAAGAGAAACGCUCCCACACCCCCCAAACGCAGCAGCUCCUUCCGAGAAAUGGAGAACCAGCCCCACAAGAAAUAUGAACUCACGGGGCUUCCAGAGCAGGAUAGGAUGGCAAUGACCCUUCCCAGGAACUGCCAGAGGUCCAGAAUCCAGCUGGAAAGGACAGUGUCCACCUCUUCUCAGCCAGAAGAGAGUGUGGACACUGCCAGUGACACACUUCCCAAAAAGUCAGAGGAAGGUGCUGCUCCAACCAAGGAGAGACCAAAAGCCAAACUUUUGCCCAGAGGAACCACAGCUCUUCCCCUAAGAACCCCCUCUGGGGACCCAGCCCUUACAGAGAAGGACUGUCCAGGGGCGGGGGCAGCUGGAGUGGCAGCUGCCCCAAAGAGCAAGGAGAGGAAUGGUGGGGCGCGCCCUGGCAUGGCCGGAGUCCCGGAGGAUGGCGAGCAGACAGGCUGGGCUUCUCCAGCCAAGGUUGCGGCCAUCCUCCCCACCACUCACAACCACAAAGUGCCCGUCCUCAUCUCCCCCACUCUGAAGCACACUCCGGCCGACGUGCAGCUCAUCGGCACGGACUCCCAGGGGAACAAAUUCAAGCUCCUAUCUGAGCAUCAGGUCACAUCCUCUGGAGACAAAGACCGGCCCCGACGGGUAAAACCAAAGUGUGCCCCACCCCCACCGCCAGUGAUGAGACUCCUGCAGCAUCCGGCUGUGUGCUCAGACCCCGCGGAAGAGCCGGCGGCCCCGGCUGCCGGACAGCCCACGUCAGAAACACAGGAAGGAGGGAAAAAGGCAGCUCCGGGGGCAGGGCCCGUCAGCGGGAAAGCUGGGAGGCCUGUGGUGCCUCCACCUCAAGUGCCUCUGCCCACGUCUUCCAUCUCGCCGGCCAAAAUGGCCAACGGCACCGCAGGUACUAAAGUGGCUCUGAGAAAAACCAAGCAGGCAGCUGAGAAAAUCUCCGCAGACAAGAUCAGCAAGGAGGCCCUGCUGGAAUGUGCCGACCUGCUGUCCAGUGCAAUCUCGGAACCGGUGCCCAACAGCCAGCUGGUGGACACGGGGCACCAGCUGCUUGACUACUGCUCAGGCUACGUGGACUGCAUCCCUCAGACUCGCAACAAGUUUGCCUUCCGAGAGGCCGUGAGCAAACUGGAACUCAGCCUGCAGGAGCUGCAGGUGUCUUCAGCCACUGCGGGCGUGCCCGGGGCAAAUCCUGUCCUUAAUAACUUACUGUCGUGCGUACAGGAAAUCAGCGAUGUGGUGCAGAGGUAG